GAGUGCUAGACACACACAAUAUACACUGAGUUAUUGUCUAAAAAUUGCAGAUUUGCAACUAAUAUUUUCAGCUGUUAGCCAACUGUUGUUAAGAAAUUUAUAUUUUUUAGUUAAUACCUCAAAAUGGAUGACAAACAACAACGCAGCUCAGGAGGCUCAGUCGUCAUACGGCCGAAGCUUAUCUAUGGUCUGCGCACCGAUGUCAUUGGCAAUGUUCACUUUAACUUGAGCCGGGAAGUCGUCUACCCCGUGGAGGGGGUGCUGGCCUUUCAUGAUUUUGUGUCUAACAAGCAGCGAUUUCUUAGGUUUCCGGAAGAUACUAGGCCAGAGGUUAUUGCGCUCAGCUCCCAUCGCAAAUUACUGGCUGUUCUGGAAAGGCAUUCCAAAAACGGUCGCUACAUAUCUAUCUACGAAUUGGCCACUCUGAAGAAACGACGUCAUCUGGAGCUGCCUGGAAACCAUCGCAAUGCAGAGGUGCAGCAGAUGAUCUUCACGCAGGAUUCGCGUGCCAUAGCCAUAGUGACCAAGCCGCCGGUGGAAAUGCUGUUCAUGUUGGUCCUAGACAAGACGAGCACCAUUAUCGAGGGCCGCGCUACGUUGCCAGGCUCCAAGGGAGGCGCCGAGUGCAUAGCGGGCAAUCCGAAUGAUUGCAGCUUUCUCGCUGUUGGUGGUGAUCGUACACUGCUGUUGCUGAGCAAGUCGGAGCGAGGCUUUAGCUUAAGCAACAACAUUAAGGUCACGUAUCGCGUCACCUCGAUGGCCUUUCUAUCAAUGGACCUGCUAAUGGUGGGUACCGAGAACGAUCAGCUGAUUUUGGUGGAGAAUGGCGAAGUGAAGCUUAGCCAGAAAGCGAGCGUGGCGGAAACAGUUGAUUUGCUGAUCGAUCAGGAGGUGUUCGAUCGCGACCGUGAGCUACAGGAGCAGCGCUUCUCCUUGCCCCAACAGGCGGCCGUGCUGGCCGAUCUUCGUGUGCUUUGCAUGACUGCCUUUGCCAAAGGCUUCGCCUUCAUUAUCUUUAACAAAGCGUUUGUUUUCGAGCGGGUGUCCAAGUUUAAGUUUGAGCGCAAGACCAUUCUGACGGUACCGAUGACACUGUACGCUGAGCCCAUGUAUCAGAUUACCAACCUGGCUAUAGACCACAAACAGGAGACAGUUAUAGUGACCACCUCGCAUGCGCAGAUCUAUGUGGGCAUACUCAUUGUGCCGGAGACUCUCAAAGCGAAGCACUUGAAGUUCGAGCCUCUGGGCGUGCUUAUACACACGGCUGAGGUUGUCGAUAUAUCCGUGUGCGCCUGGAAACCUAUCAUUAUGACGGCUUCUAGAGAUCAGACGAUACGCAUUUGGAAUUAUGAGACUGCGAAGGUGGAACUGGUGCGCAAGUUUCAGGUGGAUGUUAAUAUAGUAGAGCUGAAUUCUACUGGCCUGAUGGCAGCCAUAGGCUUCUCCGAUCAGCUACGCAUAACCCAAAUUUUUAUGGAUGACCUGAAUAUUGUCAAGACGUAUAAUUUUCCGCAUUGCAACGAUGUGCGUUAUUCGAAUUUUGGCCAUCUCAUGGCCGCUGCCUACGACAACAAUAUUACUAUUACAUCUGUAUAUAACCUGGAAGUGGUUAUAAAUCUUAAAGGACACAACGGCACGGUCCUAUCCGUAGCUUGGACUAGAACCGAUAAAUAUUUGAUAUCUGGUGGUGCCGAGGGUGCCAUUUAUCAAUGGGACAUCGAGUCGGGCGCUCGACUGCAGGAGAUUGUGCAAAAGGGCACUGAGUAUGUGACCAUCUGCUGUAGCUUCCAUGAGCCCAUGAGCAUAUUUGCGGGCACCAAUCAUGGCACAUUGCGUGAGUUCCAAAACUCGGAGCUACAAAGGGAGAUAGCCAUACCAUCGAGGAACAAAGGCUCUGUUUCGGAUAUAUGUCUAGCGCGCUCAGACCUCAUCAUGUUUAUAGCUGAUCAUGAGGGUGGGCUGUUCAAUAUGCAGCUGCCUUUCCUUGAGGCGGGCGGUGGCACUUUUAGCAACUUUCGCUUUUUUGAUGGCACUGUUAAUAAGCUGAGGCUCACCUACGACGGCACCAUGCUGGUCGCCAUUUCCAAAAACGGUACUGUGGCUAUAUGGAAUAUGGACAACAUAGAGGAAAAAGUGGCACCCAUAGAUCAGGAUUUGAUGAAAAGCCAAGAGGUUUUGAUACCCAGGACUCAGUUGAGUGAUAAAAACGAGCAAAUUGUGAACUUGGAGCUUCGCCUCAAGCAGCAGGCAGAGGAGUUUCAGUACCAACUCAGCCAGAAUGAGAUAUUCGAUGGUCAGCAGCUUCAAGAAGUGCAUCGCAGUUACUGUAGCGCAUUGGAAGAGCUCAAGGAGCUAAACAAUGAGAUUGAAUCUAGGCAUACGGAGGAGAUGAAUCUGAUUACAUUCCAGAUAAAUGAUAUGAAGCAGGACUUUCGCGCUCAGAUGGACAGCCUGUCCAAUCAAUACUCUGAGCGCAUGUUAAUAGAAUAUCAAAAGUUUACCAAUCUGCGUGAGAAUAUGCUUGAGCUGCGAGAGAGCUACGAGGAGAAGCUCAAAAACUCCACAGGCACGCUCCAGGAUACCAUUGAGGCGCUGGAGAAUGACUACAAAAAACAGUUGGACGAGCGUAAAGACUUAAUAAGAGAGCUUAUGAAGGAAAUGCAGGACAAGAAAAGCGAAUUCAUCGAAUACUGUCAAGAAGUGGAGCGUGACAAUGACCGCAACAUGGUUGCCACGCAAACAGAAUAUGAAAACAAGUUGACCGCAGAGCGUAAUGAAACGCAAAUGUGGCGCGGCAAGGCGGGCGUACUGCAAAAGAAAUAUGAAUCCCAGAGCAAAGAAAUUGACAAUCUGCUCGAAGAGGUUGAAACUUUGAAGGAGGAGCAUUAUAAGUCGCAAUCCAAGAUGGCCAAACAGCAGCGUAAUAUAGAGGAUCUACAAAAGGAUAUAUCGGACAGAGACUAUGCCAUUGGAGCCAAGGAGAAGCGUAUACAGGAGUUGCUCCACAAAAACCAAGAGCUGGACAAAUACAAGCAAGUGCUGAACCAUAAGAUUGCCGAACUCAAGGCGGAAAUAGAGCCUAGAGAGUUUCAGAUUAACGACAAGCGCAAACAUAUUAUUGAAAUGGAAAACGAAUUGGAAGGACUUAACCAAAAUAAUAUUACGUUGGAGUUGCAGCUUAAGGAAAUGCGGGACAAGUACCUAAGCAACGUAGCUGAGCUACGGACCGAAAGGCAUCGCGCCAAAUCGGCUAGAGAAUGCCUCAAUUCCAUCUGUACAGAUAUUUAUUACGUGGCCGGCGAAGUCAACACUGCAGAGGGUCUAAAAAAAGCGGUCAAAGAGCUGUUCCACAAGCAUGCCAGCGAUGAUGAGCUAAAGCGCUUUGUCACUUUGGAUGCGGAAGUACGCGACGAGUUCCUACGUCAGCGUAAGCAAAUUGAGAAUGUACUGGCGCGCUAUAAAUCUGUUGCAGAGGACAAAACAGUGCAGAAAAAGUACGACAAGCUGUUCGGGGAGAAUGUGGUGCUGCUCGACGAAAUUGAGAAGCUUCGUGAGCAGAACAAACAGUUGAACAAUCGCAUUAGGGAUGACUAUCAGAGUCGCAGGAGCCACACGAAAGAGGCCAAGUAAUGGUUUCCGUACAAAUAAAAGCCUUAAAAGCAUUUGUUA